GCCAGAGCAGACACUGACAGGGGUAGUGUCUGCACGGCCCAGAAGGGCGUGCAGGGCCGGCCCGCGGAGCCUCCGCGCGAUCGCCGGUCCCAGCCCGGGCGCUCUCCCCCAGCGUUCGCGCUCCCCUUUUUUGUCUUCCAGAGCUCGUUGGGGAGGUCGAUCCUGAGCUUUUUCACUUUUCAAGCCAUCUUGUUCCAACGAGGUCUGCGUCCCUGGGCCAUAUAGUCUGCUCGGGUCCGGGCAGCUGAGAAAUUGCAGCGGCGCUGUCGUGUAUGGAGCUUUGGGUCGGGGCUGAGCCCUCGGUGUUGCCCCUCCGCUCGCAGCCCAGGCCAUGCCACCGCCUCGGCGCGCCCAGCCGCGGCCGCCGGGUCUCCGGGGCUGAGCCGGGAGCCGCGCGAGGAGGAGGCGCCAGCGGCGGAGCCCGCUCGGGAGCCGCGGCGGCCGGCAGCGCGGCGGACCCAGUACUAUGGCUGUGUACUGCUAUGCCCUCAACAGUCUGGUGAUCAUGAAUAGCGCCGAGCAGGUGAAGAGCGGCGGCCCCCGGCCCAGCAGCAGCGAGACACCCCCGCCGCCGGGGAGGGCCGCCUUGAGCCCCGGCAGCGUUUUCAGCCCCGGGAGAGGCGCCUCUUUCCUCUUCCCCCCCGCCGAGUCGUUGUCGCCCGAGGAGCCCGGGAGCCCCGGGGGCUGGCGGGGCGGCCGGCGCAGGCUGAGCGGCGGCAGCGGCGGCUGUGGCGGCAGCAGCGUGGGCAGCCCGAGUUGGGCGGGCCGCGCUCGAGGGGACGGGCAGCAGGUGGUGACCGCAGGAUCCCUCUCCCCUCCGGGGCCGGAGGAGACCCAGAGGAAGCUUCGAAUCCUGCAGCGUGAGUUGCAGAAUGUGCAGGUGAACCAGAAAGUGGAUAUGUUCGAGGCGCACAUCCAGGCGCAGAGCUCCGCCGUCCAAGUGCCCCGCAGCCCGCGCCUGGGCAGGGCUCGUUCUCCCUCUCCCUGCCCCCUCCGCAGCAGCAGUCAGCCCCCAGGGAGGGCCCUGGCUCAGAGUGGGGAACGGAGGACAAAGUCGUGGGGGGAGCUAUGUCUACAGACUGCAGAGGCCGGCUCCUCCCGCCUGAGAGGAAGGGCACUGGGCCUGUGCCUCUCAGAGGGCGACGAGGGAGUGGCACCUUUCCCUGGCCCCGCGGCCCCGUCAGGACCAGGGGCUCAGGGUGCAGCGGAUUCUGCAAGAAUGAAGAGGACCCCUGCCAGAUCCCACUGCUCGCCCAGAGCUGUGGAAAUCGACAAGACAGUCACUCUGCCUUCCCAAAGGCGCAGCUGCCAAGCUUCCCCACUGGGGCUGAUCCAUGUGAACUUAGGGAUGGCCACAGAGGGGACAGCAAGAGCCACAUCCAGUGGGCCACACCAUCCACACGACCCUGACCUCACUCAGAGGGCCGGAGAACUCGGUGGUGUGCACCCCCAGGAGUCUCUGGUGCAGAGACAGGGGCAGCCUCUGGGCAACGAGACAAGCCCAGCCCCAGAGAGGGAAGGGCCCCAAAACGGGGAGCCCUCUGGGGAGGUGGGGAAAGGAGAUCUGCCUGGUGGCCUGGGGGGCCCUGGAGUGCCUGAAGCCAGAAGGCCAGAGGACAGGACUGUGAAUUCGCAAAGCUUGGAGCUUUCUGAGGCCCCCAACCGGGUCAGGCCACCUCCAGACCUGGGCUCGGUAAAGCCAGAGGUGACCCAGGGUGGGGCCUCCAUGGUCGGGGAGCCUCUGCCGAGCUCCAGAGGAGUGGAUGAAGGGUCUCUGACAACAGGAGGCUUGCUUGGGGGCAGUUGCUUAGCACAGCCUGGGACACAGGAGGUAAAGGCAGGAAUUCCCUUCAGGGGAAUGCUGGAGACUUUGCCUUCCUGGGAAGCCGUGAAAGAGCUGAAAGAACCACUGUGCCUUCCUGGGGACAGGCUGGGGGUGCAGCCUGGGAGCUCUGGGGCUUGGCUGGGCCCCAUGGAGGCAGCCCAGCUGGCCUGGACGUGUGGCACAGGGAUGCAGUCAGAGGACACUUGGGGAAGCCCCCAGCAGGACGGAGCUGCCCACCCCAGCCUGGAGCUGCUCUCCCCAGAUCAAAAGGAUAAGACUUCCCCGAGAGAGGCUUGCAGCCCUAGCAGUAUACCAGCGGUCAUCAUCACAGACAUGGGUGCCCAGGAGGAUGGGACCAUGGAGGAGGCCCAGGGGAGCCCUCGCGGUAGCCUUCCCCUGAGGAAACUGUCCUCUUCAUCUGCCUCCUCCACCGGCUUCUCUUCCUCCUAUGAAGAUUCGGAGGAGGACAUCUCCAGUGACCCUGAGCGCUGCUUGGACCCCAACUCCGCCUUCCUGCAUACCUUGGACCAGCAGAAGCCCAGAGUGAGACUGUGGCCCCAGGAUAUUAGCCUGGCUGUCACCUUGGAAGAUUGGCUGCAUUUUCCUUUCCCUCCCCUUCUGUUCUUCACCUGACACCAUGACUGAGCCAGAACGGGAAGUAAAGCCCCUCUUUGUGUCUGUGCCACAGCUGUACACAUCAUUACACAGAACAAUAGAAAAGCAGGUCUCUAAGCCCACCUGGCAGAACUCACUGGGCAGAUAAAGCUGGAGCUCCCUACAGCUCUAGCCGAGCUGGAAAUCAAAAUUGCACACAGGCUUGUGGUGCUUCCUACUUUGUGCGGAUCGAGAGGACGGAGCGGAAAGGACGAGAGAUUCGAAACAUAUGCCACGUAUCAUGUACACGAAGUGCCUUUCGUGUUGCCCUAUGGCUGUGUCGAGAGGCUCCAGACCGCCUUGAAGAGCUUUGCACCCAUGCGUAGGGUUCGGGAAAAUCCCUUGAUCGGGAAGAGCCGAGGCUCUUUGAAAUGCUUGCUGCCCCCAGAUGGACCAUGUUUGUCUGUCUGUCCAUCCUUCCGCAGAGGACUGUCAGGGACUUUGCUGUGCCCACUGUACGUCGGUCCAACAGUGCAGACAGUGAUCCCUUAGCAGACGCAUUUACUGAGCUCUCUCUCGCCCCGUGUUUGCAGCUGGGGACAAGGAUGAAUCCCACCGGCUCUGCCCUGGAGGAGCUCACAGUUUUGUCUUCUCGGUGGGAGGGUUCUGCAUAUUCCUUUCAGCCCUCUGGGGCCAGCAGGUACUAUGUGAAUAGUGGGAGGGCCAUCACAGGACGCUUUCAGCUUUGUUACCCCCUCCGCUCAGGUUCCUGGGCUCCUAGAAUUCUGCGGGGUUCCAUUUCCGGAACAGUGUCCCGUCCUGACCUCAUGGAACCUGCACAAAAGGGAAAAGAGCGCUGCUUCUCCAUCAGAUGAAGGGACAGUUAGGAGGGGGCAGGAAUUUAUUCACAUCACCUGUUUUUUUGUUUGUUUGUUUGUUUGUUUGUUUGUUUUUGGAUGUAUAUUCCGUGAAUUGUAUAAAAGAAACUAACUGUGUUGUAGAUGUUUCGGAUGUAAAGACAAUGUAGGGUGUCCAUCAUUGUAAUCCUACCAUCAUAACUAAACAUAACGAUUCUGUUGAUUACGAAUUAAUUGGUCAAUAUGUAUUCUGUUUUAAUUCAAAAAGAUUUGAGGGUGCUUCCUCAUUUGUACAGCAUAGUACAAUAAAUAGCUUAAAAAAUCAGAGCCAGAGACCAAAUAGUUUUGUCAAACUCAGUAUAAACAGGGGCGCCUGGGUGGCUCAGUGGGUUAAGCCUCUGCCUUCGGCUCAGGUCGUGAUCUCAGGGUCCUGGGAUCGAGCCCUGCAUGUGGCUCAGCAGGGAGCCUGCUUCCCCCCUCUCUCUGCCUGCCUCUCUGCCUACUUGUGAUCUCUCGCUCUCUCUGUCAAAUAAAUUUUUUUAAAAAAUUAAAAAAAAAAACUCAGUAUAAACAUGGUAUGCAGACGUGCACACGAAUAUAGCUAUUCUUACAAAUUGGUGUGUUUCCUCCCAGCCUUUUAAAAGCAUGUACCCGACGGGGUGCCCGGCAUGCCUGGCCGGCUCACUCAGUGGAGCGUGCUGACUCUUGGUCUCAGGGUUGUGAGUUUGAGCCCCGUGUUGGGUGACUUAAAAAUAAAAUCUUUUUUAAAAAAUUAGCUCUGUACGUGUUUUAUGGCCUAUCCUGCUUCCUCCCACUCUCCCCACCCCUCUCCCCACUGAAUAUUAAUACAGACUUUUCCAUGUGUCUUUCUAAGGCUAAGGACUUUAAUGAUCAGACCAAGGAUGUGCCUGAGAUUUACUUGAUCAUUCCUCUGUUGUUGGCGUCAGGCUAUUUUCAAUGCUAUUGUGAAAUAAACAAUGGCAUCAUUAACAUCUUGGUGCUUGUAACUUUUUCCAUAGUUCCUUAAGUAGAUUUCCAGAGGAAAAAUAGCUCAUGAAGGAUUUAGGGAUUUUGAUGGCCUUGGACACACAUCCCUGGGCUGCUUCCUCCUGAGGGUCACCAGCAGGUAUCGGUCCUUCCUGUGUGUCCUCCUCCCCGCCCCCGAGCCCUCCUGUUACUAUUUUUCUGGUUUCUCUCUAAUUUCACAGGGAAAGAACACCCUGCUGUUUUCACUAUGUGUAGGUUGCCAAGUUUAUCUCUUGGCAUCUGAGGGGUUUUUUCACCCCUGAGUUAUAUACAAAAGGUAUUAAACCUUCUACAGUAAUAUAUUUUAUAAAUACUUUCUCCAGUUGAUUUGGCUUUUACUCUGGUUUGGUGGAUUUUUUUUGCCUUUGAUCCUUAGACGUUUUACAUUUUGGAUAGUCCAAGAAAGCUCUACUACUGUGCUCCCUCGUUUCUGUCCAUUAUUCUAGGGACUGUGGCCCCAGGACAUUAGCCCGGCUGUCAGUUUAGGAAAUUGGCUGGGUUUUCUUUCCCGAAGUCUCACCUUCUGUUCUCCCCCUGAUAUCUCAUCCGGGAUGCUGAACCAGUGGUUUUAUCCUGCAUACCUGGCACCUGGCGUGGAUGAUUUUUCUAACACUCUUCUCUCCUGGAAGACAAAAUUAUUUUCAGCAAUAAUCAAGAAAUAAAGCACAUAAUGAAGAUGGCCAGAAAAGGAUUGCAGACAGUGAAAUUUUCUUCUGCUGAAUUUUGUAUAUUUAAUCAUGCUGGUAAAACAAAACAAAACAACUGUAUAUGGUGAGGGAGGAUAGUAAUAGAUCUAGUACUUGUUAUUUUUUUGAUUGAAUUUUAUUGUAAUUCCAGUCUAGUUAACAUAGAGGUUUAUAUUAUUUUGGGGCAUAUAAUACAGCGAUUCCAUACUUUCUACAUCACUCAGUAUAAUACUUGUUAAAUACAUAAUGCAUGUUUAGGAGAAAGGGAGAAAUCACGCCUAUAUAUGGGUCUGUGGGAAACAUUCUAGUUUCUAUUUUGAGUCUCCUAUACAUUUGUCAGACUCCUAAGACCUGAUCUCCUCUGCCUGUUCAUGUUUGAUGGACAGAGCUGGUUUGCCAGACUGCCUUCCUUUAUAGCGGACUGCAGAGCACCUCUUAUUGAUUUUAAUUUUGAAUAGUUUCCUUCCAUGGAAGCAGGGGAAAUACAAAGAGAAACCAUCUUAAAAAUGAAGAUGAACAUGGCAGAAAUUCACCAAUUGCCCCUUUCCGUAAGUCCGGAAAUUAUCCUCCUGUCCUUGCCUCUGUUUCUCCGGGAUUGAUGCAACAUUGCUGCUGAUGAGAAAUUUUAAACGUCCCUAAAGCUGCAAGAGUGUCCUUGACCAACAGGCCAGAGAGAGGGAGCCCCGGUCUGUCUUCUGUGCUCCCACCAUCAAUUUCUGGCCUGCUCUGGACAUUCCGGAGGGGACUCUGGAGGGGAUGCCAGCCGUGCUGAGUGGGGCCCCCUGCAACAGAUUCCGAAUCCUGUGACUUUGCCCCGAAGCACGAAGUCUCCCUGUGCAUCUCGUCGUGGCGGGGGGGGGGGGGGGGGGGGGCUGACUUCACACCUGAGAGCUCCUGAAGUGGGUGGCGUGUGGUGUGAUUAAGGAUAGCUAACAUAGCUGGGAAUUUGAAAUUCGCAUGUAUUAUUAAAAUAAAACAGUUAAUGCAGCAGAUGUAUAGAAUCAGGAGGCUCGGAGACGGGGAAGGAAGGCAGGUGGGUGUGUGUUCGUCCACAGUUGCCAGCUCCUGGUGAUAACAUUUCAUUAUAGUUUUGUUUGCCCUCUUCAUUGCUUGCCUCUGAGGUUAAAUGGCCUAGGGCUUGGUGCUGAGCUAAGCUGUUCUAUACGGGCCUUUUUUUUUUUUUUUUUUAAAGAUUUUAUUUAUUUAUUUGUCAGAGAGAGAGAGCAAGAGCAAGCACAGGCAGAGUGGCAGGCAGAGGCAGAGGGAGAAGCAGGCUCCCUGCGGAGCAAGGAGCCCGAUGUGGGACUCGAUGCCAGGACGCUGGGAUCAUGACCUGAGCCGAAGGCAGCAGCUUAACCCACUGAGCCACCCAGGCGUCCCUAUAUGGGCCUUUUUUGUUUCUCUGUUUUUCUGCUCAAGCCUUUUUCUCCAGGCCCCAAAUUACACAGACAGACACGCCUCUUCCUUGCCUUUCACAGUGUAGCUUAAGUGCCACCUUUUCCCAAAGGCUUCCUUAAUCUAGUUCCCGUCUCCUAAAGAAACUAAGUCCCCGUGGCCCAAUGCCUGGGCCUCUGUAAGGUCACUGAUGGUCCUGACCCUCUUGUACAGUUACUCAGCCCCGUGGACUGUGGCUCCCCAGGACACAGCACGGAACCCCGUACCGUACACAUUGUGGGAUUUGAAUGGGUGCAAAUCAUCCCAACCAGCAAAGUGCAAAGAGGAGGCAGCUGAGCCAUCAGAUCUGGGGUUUCAGGAGAGAGCCCCAGGGCCUGCUUCUGUCAGGAUAGGGCCAGGAAACUGGGGCAGGGAAGGGGCACAGCAGUUUCGGAGGGACGGCUCAUAAAAGGAGGUGGCCUGUGUGUGGGGCCAGCGUGAGCCUGGGUGUGGGGAGACCCGAGUCUUGUCUGCUCAGCCGUGGUCUGGGUGCAUGGGGGUGCAAACUCCAGCGGCUUCUUGCUCUGAUGUGCAGAGUAUCUCCCUGGAUGCCUUUUGGGGGGCUCUGUCUUCCUUGUGUGCCCGAGCCCCGCUCCUCUCUGCUGCCGGCUCUCUGCAUUUGCCUCUUUCCCUGAAGUGCUGGUCCUUGGAGGCCACUGCCUUGAGCUCUUAACCUCUGGGCAAAAGUGAGCCUUCCUUCCCUGGCUCAGAACACCCUCCUCACCCCAUCCCCCCAACCUUAAGUCAGACUCCGGGGUUGGGUUGGGGAUUCUGGUGAGACUCCACUUCUGUCUUCCCGACCAGGCUGAGUCUGGGGGGGGCUCCCAGUGGUUUAGUUACUAGGCCCUGGUUGAUUCCUGAGCCUGAGAAAGCAGUGUGCUGGGGCCGAGGGAUUCAGGGUGGACUAGACUUUUGAUGUCCUGAAGACAGUCCCUCCACUGGAGGGGACACUGCAGUACAACCCGGUCACGUGAGUCUGCUCUGAGACGUGCAGCACACAGACAUGCGAGGUCUGGGGCACAGGGGCCAUGGAAGGGAUAUGGUCCCUUUGCUUCUGCACCAGGCUAAGGGACGUGAGGUCUGAGGAAAGCACAAGGAGGAGGUGAUGCCUGGGUGGGGUUUUGAAGGAUGAAGAUUUCUUCUCUGGGCACAUUUCGUGAGGCGUCUCUGCCAGAGCAAAUAGUCCAGAAGGCUCAGAAGCAUUAAGCAGUCUGAUAUGUCUCAGCAAACAGGUGGUUUUUCUUCAGUAUGGUGGGGGGGGCGGUGGUGCCUGGAGGGGCAGGCAAGAGCCCUCCAGGAUCAUCUGUAGGAGUCUGGUCUUUAUCCUGAAGGCUUUCAGGAAGCCAGCAAAGGUUUGUUUGUUUGUUUGUUUAUUCACAAGAGAUGGAGAGCAAGAGAGGCAGGCAGAGGCAGGGCGAGAAGCAGGCUCCCCAUUGAGCAGGGGCCCCAAUGUAGGACUCGAUCCCAGGACCCAGGGAUCACAACCUGAACCAAAGGCAGACGCUUUACCAACGGAGCCCCCCAGGCGCCCCGCCUGCAAAGGUUUAAAGCAGGGAGGCGCCUGAAAUUGACAUGCUGAGAUUUAAAUUCUAGAAAGUUUUUGAGGCUGAAAUGUAGAGGGCCUGCCUGGCGGCGUGGGUCAUCCAUGGUAUUGGCCGCUGGGCUGUGGAUACUCAGAGGCAUGGAUCCCUCCAGUUUGCCCCUGGCAUUGAUUGUUGAGUUUUAUGGCCAACAUGUAACACGGGGCUUCCCCCUGGCCCAGUCCAACGCUAUCAUGUCUCCCGUCCCAGGCCGGGCCGCGGCUGGCAGUCUCCAGUGGCUGGUGCCCCGGUUCUAAUUUCUGCUCUUACCGAUGGGGGACAGAGGCCAGAGGCCAGUGAGGGCCUGCGCUGCUCAGCUGUGACUCAGUGUUGUUCCACUUCUCUGGCAAGCAGACAAUGAAGUCCCCACUGUGGCGGCGUGCUUGGGUGGCUCAGAAGUCCCGGCUUCUAUUUCAGCUCCCUUUGGUGACCACUGAGCUGCGUCGUGGGCUUCCACUGCCCCACUCGCCUCUCCCCAGAAUCUUCUAACUAGAGGGGCCAGUUUUCCUCAGGCAUUAUACUUGGAUCUUUUAGCCCCGAAUGGCCAGUGUCCUACCUUGCAUAUGGUACAGUCAGGUGUUCAGAGUGUCCCCUUGCUUUCCUACAUCAUCCUCUGUGAGGUCUGAGGCGUGGAGAGUGCUGUGCAUUUCCUUUCUUUGUGCAGAUGGAGAAACAGAGCUCAGCGCAGUAGGUCACAGGUCUGUCCACACUCACGGGACAGGCACAUGGACUACUUAGGACCAACAGAGGUCCUGAGCCCAUCCUCGGCCCAUCCCCUUCCUCUUUGCCUUUAAAUCCAGCGGGUUGACGAACCUGCUGUCAGGUGCUGGGCAGGUGCUAAUGUGGGAAGUGGGUCUGGUGACCCAUCUCCAGGUGUCCUCUGAGGUCUAGCUCGUAAGGGAUGCCACACCGAACGGUAGGCCACAUAUCGCACAGAUGGUUGGAGAUCUGAGUUUUUGUGUGAAAUGUCCUCAUUUGUGUCAGCAACUAAUUUCGAAAAAAAUAAAUUGUUGCCAAAGAACAUGACUUCUGGCCUAGCGUCUCUGGGCCACAUCAUGUGGUCACAUGUCGCUAAGUGGCUGUACUCUGGAUCCGACUGAGGGCUGAGGGGAAUUUGACCCGACUCCCCCAGGUGAGGCAGGGAGCGGACCUGACUUGGGGAGGGAAGGAGGAAAGAGUUUUCGAAGCUGCCGGUCCAUUCACGACCUGCUGGCCAAGAGUUCCGUGCAGAGCCCAGCCACCCGCAUUCCCAGGCCACAUACUCUCCAUUCUCCUCCUGGGUCACCCUGAAUUCUGGGGUUCUUUACUGGUUUAGUGCCUUGCUUCCUUUUCCCAAGAUUGAAAUGACGACCGCUUGAAAAUAUUUUCUUUAAUUGGGUUUUUCCUUAGUGACCUCGCUCAGAGACAGAUGUGCCCUAAGAAUAGCCUUGAAAGUUAAGGGGAAGAAGCCAGCCAGCUGGUCCUGUUCCCUAGAAGCGAUGUCACAGUUCCUAAAUGUGGGCCAUCCCCAGAGGCCUCUGAGGGGCCGAGCCUGCCAGAGGUCUCUGUGGCCACGGUGAGCCUCCGGAGUCCCUCUCUGUGGGACAGAGUCCUUCCUGGUAGCUCUCAAUCGCCGGGAGGACAGAUUUCCCACCUCAUGGAGGCCACUCUAUCUUUCUCCAGGACACGCGUGACACCCAGCGGAUGGCAGGUGUGGGUCACACCAGGGCUGCUCUCUGCGCUUGCUCAGCUCCUGCCUCUUGCUUAUGGCCAGAGCAUGGGGAGAGAGCGCCCUGUCUGCCCGGAGCAGCCCGUCCUCCAAGCGCCUCUCUAGCUCCUCAGAUUCAGGGCCAAAGCCCUCGGCAGGAAAGAUUUACUCAGAGUCCGGUCCUCAGCCUCUAGCCUUCCAGAAUUGAUGUUUCAGAUGACCCACUCACGUCUCUGAAAUCAUGCUUUAUUGCCCGCAAGUCAGGAGGAAGGAGGGAGGAAUCUGAAAUAACUUUCUGCAGGGGGCUGUCGUGUAGCUCACAGUGCAAGGGCUGUGUUUCUUGGCCCUCUGCUCUGUGACGCUAGAGCUGGAGAAGGCAGGAGCCCCCGCAGCUUUGGGAAAACCCAUGCGAGCUGCUGUAAGUUAUCUCCAUAUAAACUAAAUGCAAACUCACUGUAGCUUAAAGCAAAAAGUGAAGCCAACCGAUGUGGGUGUCCCUGCUUGGGGAGGGUGGGAGCCCCCCCUGCUGUUGGCCCAUGCAGGCCUCCAGGGGAGGGGUUGGAGGCAGGACCUCCCAGGUCUGCCCUCCAGUUGGACCUUGGGCUUCUCUGGCACUGGGAGGCCGGGGGACUCCCUGCCUCUCCCUGCAGACUCGGGCUGCCAGGAAAGUGCUCAGUAAGCACUCAGGGCCCAGUUGACAGAGACACACGGGGAAGGGCAAUGAGUCAGUCUGUUUAUGAAAAUCACGCGUACCAGCACAGACGUCAAGAUGACCCGGGGGACAGCUGUGUUCUGAGAGCUGAUGAGUCUGGCUCAUACUUGGGGGUUCGCUGCUGCGUCUUUUCAGCAACCUGUUUCCUGUGCCUGCAGUGAUGAAUGCGUGAACAGAUGCACUGUAGCUCCAAAGAGCCCAGCUCUGUCCUGAUGGGCUCCGGGAGGUAACAGGAGGCUGGGGGACUCAAGGAGGGAUCCAGGGCUGGGUGCUGCUUUGGAAACAAGCUCUGGGUUUCUGACCAUCAUCUCUGCAAGCCCACAUUCCUGUUUGCUGACCACUGCUUAACCCCAGGCAAAUCCGUGGGCUCUGUCAGAAAUAUGAAUUGUACCAACGCAUCUUGCUUGCUUAGAAAUACUUCCUAAAUACAGCUCAAUAUUUGAUGCUGCGUGGAAGUUCUCGUGUGGCAUUCCUGAAAAGUUUCCGUCUUAGAAAUUCCUUUCGUGGGAGUUCCCAAAAUCUGGCUUCGGAGUUAGCCCAGACUAAGCCCCUUUGCAAAUCUCUUACGAGCACUUUCUGGAUGCUCAGAAGCUACUUAGAAGGCAGUAUUGUGUCCGUGAACAUCCUUGGCCCAGAGAGGGCAACCUUUAAAGAUGUUAUAUAUUUAUUUGAGAGAGAGAGAGAGAACACGAGGGGAGGGACAGGGAGAAGCAGGCUCCCCCACUGAGCAGGGAGCCCGACUGGGGCUCGAUCCCAGGACCGCAGGAUCACAACCUGAGCCAAAGGCAGACGUUUAACCUACUGAGCCCCCGCAGAUGCCCCCAGUGAGGUCACAUUUUAGCAAGCUGAAGGUGGAGGAAAGCUUCUGCUCUGUCUAGUGGUCUCUGAUUCAUAACCCAAAGAGUUUCAAUCUCAGGGUAUCUCCAAAUUCCCAAGAGUGUGAGAGCCCCUAAGCCAGGAGGGCUCUGUUGGUAGCAGCACUGUGCUUCUGAGAACUGCAGGGACGGACGAUGACCUUUUAGAUCCCUCAACAUUGUACAGAAAACCUCCCUGCAUUUUCCUGGCUGUCUAAAUGUCAUACCCCCAUGUGGGACAAAAACGGGCAGCUGAGCUCUGUUGCCUAGUGGAGGCUUCCGGAAGAAGCAAAGAGACUUCUUUUAGACCAUAGUCCCUGGGGGAGGGGGAUUGGGGAGCAGAGUGUCCGCUGGGGACACAGGCUGGUGGCUCGAAGGCCAGGCUGUCUCUCACAGCUGUCUCCAGCACCAGGCUUCCGAAGGAGCAGCUCCUGGGCCUUCUGGACUUCCAGAAAGUCUGUUGACCGUCGGCCCAAGCUCCCCCAGAGUUCAUUUUGAGGCAGGGAAUGGGACCGUUGUGGGGACCCACUUCCUGCCGGCCAUGGCCUUCACCCUCUGCAUGUCCCUCGUGGGAGGAGGGAUCCAAAGGCCUGUGCUGCGGAAUAGAAGAAAAGGGGCCCAGGACAUGCGGCUCACGUCUGCUGAGCCAACAUGGAGCCUCGGCCGUUGUUUUAUCCCCCAGAGAGGCGCCCCCUGUGGGACUCAGAGACCAGCCCCCUCCCGUGGGAGGCGUGCUGUCAUCACAUCACUAGGUUACUGGAUGCUGGGUCUGGGGCCCGCGCUACGCACAGGGAAUUUCAUCCAAAAAACCAUCCUGACAGGCAGGUGGGAUUCCUGUUCUGCAUCUGAGCUGGCAAGAGGCUGCUGACCCACCAGAUGCCCCCAGCCAGGAAUGUCAGCCUCUCCUCCUGGCUCUAUGCAGCUGGGAGGUCGCAGACCCUGGAGCCAGGAUGCCUGGGUUCUGAUCCUGCUUUUGCCACUCACCCGCUGUGGAACCUGGACAAGCUGUGUCCCCACCCAUAACCUAGGAGAACGAGAGUCCCUGUGCGGUGUGUCAAGGCACUGGUGUCCCACCGCCAUGAUGCUUACUGAGCCUGGCAUCUGGCCCUCGUACUCAGUACCUAUUAGCUGCUUAUUCCAUUCCUGGCGCAGUGCGCAUGCCAUGGGGCUGGCCUGCCCCCGCUAAGAUUGCUUAGUCUCCUGGAGCUGGGAGGGGGUUGAGGGCCUCCAGCGCCCCCAGGCCAAGGAAGAAGUGGGAACAGGAGUGUAGGGCCAGGCUGGCUCCCCCACCGGGAGGAAUUGCCCCCCACCCCCGGGGGCAAGGGAAGGGGGUGCUGUGUAGCCCUACUCUUCCUUGCUGAGCAAUGAGGACCUUCAGGAAAUUUCCACCCUCUGUAAAUGGGCUUUGUGUCUUUGCGUUUUACCAAAGUGAAAAUAAGGUCUCUGGGGAAGGAUAGGUGAGGUUGAGGGAGGGAAGGGCCCUGGUGUGUGUCACAGGGGUGUGCCCCCCCUCCCGCCAGCUGGGCAGAGCCCUGGGUGCCCUUUCCCAAAGGAAAAGCUGAGCUCUUCUGUCCUGUGAGCUUUGUCCACUGGGAGGUCAGCUACUGGAGGCUGCCCUCCCCCACCCCAGGGCCCUUCCUGGCCUGGCCUCUCCCCGUUUCCUCCUAUUGUUGGUUCCCAGCCCCCAAGGCCCCGCAGCCUGGCUCCUGGUGUGAGAGGUGCACGAGGCCUCUGUGCGUUCAGAGGUUUUCCUCUACCCCCCCCCCAGUCUCCGUGUGUGUGUGUGUCCUUCUCCCUCCAUCCCCCGCUUCUCCCCACUCCUCUGUGUUUCCUCUAGCCCUCCUUUAUUAUUUUUAGUUCUUAAGAGGAUGAAGCCCAGGAGGGAGGAGGAAGGAGGAGCCAAGUUAGUGACCUUCCAGACCAGAGAUGGAGCCUUUAUGGGCCCUGCCUGGUAGGGAGUGUUAGGAACAUUUCCAUUUUGAGCGAAGGGUACCUCCAUCCCUGGCUAGCCAACCAAGGCUGAGCUGGCAAGAUUGCAGGUCCCUGGGACGCCAGCUCCUGCAAAGCUAGGAGCUGGGGAGGAGGGCGGGUCUGGAAUGUGCACUGUUAGGAGAGCUUUCUUUGCUGGGUGGACUGACCUGAGUGAAGGGGAGGGGGCGCUCCUCCAAACCCCAUGUGGAGAUGCUUCUGGAAAAAUCCAGGCCCCAGCAAGUGGAUGGGAGAGGGUGGGAGAGGGCCGGAGAGCAGGAGUGUGGACACAUAAGGCCGGAAAGGCUUCUGGGAGUAGCAGCGUGUUUAUGGGGGGCCAGCUCCCUCCUGUGGCAGCAGGGGGCAUUCGCUGGCUGGGCCAGGGCAGCCCCCUGGUUGAGAUCUGGGAGAGUCACCCUGAGGAGGACUCCUGUGUCUGGGCCCAGAAAGUGGGCCUCUCGUUGCCACGGGAAGGAGGGAGCUCACCAGGGGUGCAGAGCUGGGCAGCCAUUCAGGGUUCUCCUGGCUUCGGCCAGAAUGUGCUGAAAGGCACUGAGUGGCUGGGGCAGCCCCCCGCACACAGGGUCAGCAGGGCCAAGCUCACAUCAGAAGUGUCUACUCUAAAGCAGCAGCUGGAGGUCCCGACCAGGCCCUCUACCCCAGAGCCUGGGCUCAGCGGCCCUCACCAUGAGAACCUGGGCCAGCUCCCACCUCUCACGCCUGCAAUGGCUGAGGUAGCAGGCCUCAGGGGCUAGAGAGGGCUGCCCGUCCUUGCUGUCCGGCCCCAGCCCAGCCGCCCAUUCCACACUCCGGGUACUUAAUCCACCCUCCAUUGCCGGCUUCUCCGAAGGGCAGGCAGGAAGAGCCAUACCCCGCCAUGACCUCCGGGGAAGGUGUUCUGAACCCGCCCCCCCCCAGCCUGGAGAACAUCACGUGAGGAGACGGGAAUAAAAGAAAACAUUCCUCAGGUCUUUUUGCAGAAGUCUUUGCGUUUGGUUUUUAGGGGAAUUUUCUUGUUUGUUAACGUGGGGGAUGGCGGUUGGUCUUAAAGCCCGGACUCUUAUUUUUAGCUGGUGCUACCUGCCCUGCCAAGUCCUUGGGCUUAAUUUUUCCGGUGGCUCGGGGUCUUGGUUUUGGAAGAUCUUCCCUCACCAGCCCCCCUCCACCCCCAGGCGCACAGCUCACCACUGGCGGGGACGGCUUUCGCUUGGGGCCCCAGCCAGGUUUCUAAGCGGGGCUCCAAGAGAGAGCCGUCGGGUCAGGGGCCCCUACCUGCCCGGGCAUGCCAGCUGCCGGCUCGGAGGCUCUGCCAGGGCGAAUCCAAUGAACAAAGUUGGCUGGCCUGGGCCUGGGAGCAGUGCGGGUUUUCCCCAGCACAGAAGGGAAGGAUCACCAGGGAAACCCCAACUGCUGUUUCAGAGAGACCAAAAGAAGAAGGAAGAAAGAAAGCAUUCUUCCAAACAUGGACACCUCAGUCAGUGACUUUCGCUCAGCCUUUUGCAAGAGCAAAACAAAGGCACUGAGGCAGAGAGGGCUCUUCCCUUGGGGGGGAGCUGGUCUCUCGCCCUCCCCUCUCAGGACUUUGUGAGGUGGGCCAGGGAGUGUGGGUCAGGGAGGUGGUGCUGGGAAUGCACUCAGAAUGAGGCCCAGUGGGCCUGUCGGCAAGGUCGCUCUGGGGACAAGAGUCCUCGCUGUUGAUCUGAGGCUGUGUUAAUUGGGAGAGCGGCUGAUAGGCCCAGAACAGGCAGAGAGGAUGGGGAGCAGGGUGGGUGCUGGUUAGCCUGUUGGCUGGAACAAAACAAAAUCCUCUGAAUUAAAUGGUGGGGACCAGGAAGCUGUGUGACCUUUGGCAAGUUCCUUAACCUCUCUGAACACCUGUCCUCCAGUGCAGAACAGAACACACUGGUCAGUGUGGUGAGGGAGGAGACAUCAGUGAUGUGCUCAGCUGGGUUAGGACCGCUCGCUAAUGCGCGUGCACCCACACAUAUGCCCCAAACCCCAGUCUCCGGAAGUGUUGUCUUGGAGAAUCCCAGGGUCCAGAGAAGAGCCCCUUUUCUGACAUCUUCAAGAUUUCUCUUCGUCUCUCUUACCCUUAGAACAAAAACAAAUGGAGACUCUGUAUAAUUAUCGAAAAAGAAAAGUUAGCCAAUGGGCCAGACUAUUUCUAUAAAAGGGAAGUGCUGGAGGAAAAAGCAGAAAAUUGGGGGAACCGAUUCGGUGGGAAAAAGUUAACAAAAGUCUAUAAAACCCCUUUUGUUAGAAAAUGAAAUGUGCGUAGCAAUCUCACUGCUUACCCCUCAAAUGCUAUACUUCGGGGCACCUGGCAGACCUCUACAUAUGUGAAAUGGGGUGAUUUGGCAGCUUUGCUGAUUUUCUGACCGGCUCCAGCUGUCCCCUGAGGCCAGGAGCUCCCAGCAGCUGGGAGCACCUAGGGGGAAGCUUCUCGAGCAGUUAGUCACACAGUUAGCUUCUCUCCUUGCCCCCUGGCAACGAUUUGACCUGCUGGAAGUACCCAUCUGGGUUCUUGCCCAUCUGCCUUGCCUUGGAGUGAAAACUAGUUCAAUUACAAAAAAAAAAAAAAGAA